GGGGCAGUCUGUCGUGAAGAAAUCGUCUGCACCAGUGUCCUUUUGUUAUUGGGGAAAUAUAAGCGGACUUUCGAAGCAAAUUGAUAGGUGAAAAUGCUUCGUUCUGCGGCCAGAUUCGGUGUACUUGCCGUGAGGCAAGGGGUCCUCUGCCAACGCGUGGCGCCGGCCAUCGGUGCUCGAUCCUUUUCUGCGGCAGUGGAAGAAACCGAUGCUGAAAUCGAUGCUCACUUCGAAGCGUACUUCAAGCGUGCGGAUCUCGAUCCAUGGCUCCUCCGCAAGGGUCUCUACGACAUUCACAGGAGAGACAUGAUCCCCAACCCUGAAAUUUGCAAGACCAUUCUCAAAGCUUGCCGCAAACUCGACGACUACGCCCUGACCACACGGUUCCUCGAGGCUCUGAAAUUCAAAUGCCGCGGCGAACCUGCCCUCCUAGCCUUCAUCCUGAAGGAGAUCAAACCGACGAUGGACGAGCUCGGAGUCAGCACACUCGAGGAGAUGGGUUAUGACAAACCGGAGCUCUGGCUCGAGUACCCCGACGAUAGGCUCUGAGCUUGUUUGAAAUGAACCAGAAGAAGCAUGUGUUAUAUAGUAGAAAGCGAAGGGUGAAUAAAGUCGAAUUAAUCUCGAGGUCCUGAAACC